CUUCCUCAGCGUCAAAAGCGAAUCCUACUUUCAACUCGUCUCUCACUUCCAAGGUUCCUCUUCUGGUUGAACAUACGGUGUUCUUAACCCGUCAGACCCCUGCGAACCGGAGAGUCGCCGCGGUCUUGGCUCCCGUGAUUGCUCUGCCAACAAGCGAGCUUGUUUGUUUGCGACAUCGCUGAAGCUCCCAUCAUCCCAACACCGACGGUGUCUACCAGAUCGACAAACACCAUCAAAUGUCUGCAUCGUCAGUCCACGCAGAUGCCCCGCCAGAGGUGGUAGUGGACCCGGAAGGUUUGCAGUAUGAGACAGGACCACAGCUCGGGAAGGGCGGCUUCGCCAUCUGCCAUCGCGCGAAGCUGUUAGGACAUGAGCAUCUCGGCAACAACACAGUCGCUUUAAAGAUUGUCAAAUCGAAGAUGGAGCCACCAAAGCUGGCGCAAAAGUUUGUAACCGAACUUCAAAUCCAUUCCAAACUAGCUCAUCCCAACAUUGUCGAAUUCUACCGUGCCUUUUCUUUCGAAGCCAGCACAUACGUCGUCUUGGAACUAUGUCCAAAUGGGUCACUUGCAGACGCAAUCAAAAAGAGAAAGUAUUUUACAAUGCCAGAAAUCCGUCGCUUUAUGAUUCAAACAUGCGGUGCCAUCAAGUACCUUCACCAGCGUAAUAUCGUGCACCGCGACCUCAAGACGGGCAACCUCUUCCUAGACAAGGACAUGAACGUAAAAGUUGGCGACUUUGGUCUUGCGGCGCUCCUCAUCUCCCAAAACGAUUACGGCGCCAUACGCCGGACAACCAUGUGCGGUACUCCCAACUACCUCGCACCCGAAGUCUUGGAGAAAACGGGGAAGGGACAUGAUGAGAAGGUAGACCUAUGGGCCAUCGGAAUCAUGAUGUACACUCUCGCUGUGGGUAGAGCGCCAUUUCAUGCAGCUAAAAGAGAGGACAUAUAUCGAAAGCUUAAAUCCCGUGACUACAGCUGGCCGGACCUUGCGAAGUUCCCCAACGAGAUCACCGACGACCUCCGAGAUAUAGUGUCGCUUUUACUUGUACACGAGGAUGAGCGUCCUACCCCUGACCAGAUCGUAAACCAUGCAUAUUUCAGAAUGGGGUACAUACCCCUAUCUCUCGAUAAGAGCUGCACGUCUCAGAUACCUAAAUGGCCCAAGGUUCGGCCCCCGUCAGCCUCGACAAUACGUCGAGGGUAUACGGAUGAAUGGUUUGCAAUGUGCAAAGCAUCAUCGGUUGGGGAGUAUGAGGCUGGCAAAACGUUUGGCGCUUAUGGCAGCAGGAGGAACAAGACCGUUGCGAGAGAUUGUCAGAAAGAGAUAGAAUCCGGAAAGCAGCCAAACAUCCCAUUCGCCAAGGACACCGUCUACCUGCCCUUCCCUGAAAAGACGCAUUGGCCAUUCCAAGCUGGUACAGGUCUGAGUGAAAUUUCAGAGGAGAAAGAAUCGUCAUCAGAAGGUGUGGCUCUCGUGGAAACCACGUCGAACGACAGAGUGAGGGGACGUUUACCUCGAACGAGAAGAAGAGAACAGGUGUUGGAUUCCUUGAAGGAAAACAGAGAGCCGAUGGAGGAGACUGAGCCUCCGCAAAGGCCCUCACAAAAACCACCGACGCGUAUGAGACCCGUUCGAAAAGUCUCGAAUCCCGCUCGAGCAACCGCACCUUCGGCCAGCGCAGCAACAUCACGUGUUCCCCGGGAAACUAAGUCCGUCCGACGCGCUGAAGCGAAGCUCGACAGCGAAAAAGAUUCGGCGUCAACAGAUAGAGCACCUACACGACUCGAGAAAUCCACUUCGACUGUUGCCAGAAAGCCAGAUGCCGACUCAGGAGCGAGGACGGUUGGUUCUUUUCGCAGUGUUGGUCCUGAAAUACCGUAUUCCGAUCCAGCAUCAGUUCUGUCACAGCUGCGUACUUUCAAAGACAACAUCGCCCGUGCUUUGCAAAAGAAAUCUCCCAAAUCAAGAAGUGAAAAGCGACCGCAGCUUCCAUUCGUGGCAAAAUGGGUGGAUUACUCUCGCAAGCAUGGUGUUGGAUUCGUACUUGAGGACGGAACCGUCGGUUGUUUAACAGUAGCGACAGAGAAGUAUCCCGUCACUACGGCAAUCGUUCAGAAUGGCCAUCCACACCUUCUUGCGGUCACUAAAGACAUUGCUCACUUGUCAAAGGUCCCCAUAGAAUUCUAUGCAGCCCCGGCGGAGGACGUGGCACUUGCACAGGUAGAAGUGGUUGAAAAGCAUCGUCGGGAGCAUUUGCGACAGAUCUGGCACAAAUUUGGGAGGUAUAUGUGCGCCCAUCUUGGUGCAGAUGACCGCAAUUCGAGGAAUGGGUCCGCACAGACAGCCUUCGUGAGAUUCUAUCAAAGGCUAGGAAACGUUGGGCUCUGGGGGUUCAGUGACGGCUCGUUUCAGGUCAAUUUCCCGGACCACACAAAACUGGUCUUUGCAUCGGACGCCAGCUACUGCAAUUUCACUUGCCUGUCACUGGAAGCCAUUGAAUGGCUCCAAAACAACUCGGACCUCCCUUGGAAACACAUUAGAGACCGGUCGACUUUGCAUGGAUCUCUCCAACAACUGUUGUACGGUUCUGCAGACAGGGCGGACCCGAUCAAGAAGAUUACCGAAGGCAACUCACUACGCGCCAAACUCGAGUUUAUCAUGUCUAUUGUUGACGGUUGGAUCCAAGGCGGAGGUUUAGGCUGUCUUGCGGAUCCGAAGACAUUCAAGUGGGGAGGUCAGCAGCUGGAAGAGACCAAGAAACUGGAUUGGGCCAGUGCGGUAACGAAGCGGGCUGGCCGCAAAAAAGAUGCAGGGACCUCGAAACAAGCCGCCCCCGGAGGACAGAAGGCACAGUUUGCGAAGAAGGCAGUCUUCGAGUCAACCAAGAAGAAGGAAGUUGGCGUUUCGGACCUUACGCUGAUCAGCAAGAUCUCGAACGAAGCUAUCAACGAUAACCUGAAGAAGCGAUUCGAGAAUGGAGAGAUAUAUACAUAUAUCGGCCACGUGCUGGUCUCCGUUAAUCCCUUCAAAGACUUGGGUAUAUACACGGAUGCAGUGCUCAACAGCUAUAAGGGGAAGAACAGGCUCGAGGUACCACCGCACGUAUACGCCAUCGCCGAAUCCGCCUACUACAACAUGAACGCAUACAAAGAUAACCAAUGUGUAAUCAUUUCGGGAGAGUCCGGAGCUGGAAAGACGGAGGCAGCGAAGCGGAUAAUGCAAUACAUUGCGAAUGUUUCCGGCGGGAGUAAUUCGUCGAUUCAGGAGAUCAAGGAGAUGGUGCUGGCCACGAAUCCUUUGCUCGAAUCGUUCGGAAACGCGAAAACACUCCGAAACAACAACUCCUCCAGAUUCGGAAAGUAUCUGGAAAUCCAUUUCAAUGCUCAAGGUGAGCCGGUCGGAGCGAACAUCAACAAUUAUCUCUUGGAGAAGUCCAGAGUGGUGGGCCAAAUCACCAACGAGCGGAAUUUUCAUAUUUUUUACCAAUUCACGAAAGCGGCAUCGUCGAAAUACAGAGAACUAUUCGGCGUCCAGCAGCCACAAUCAUACGUAUACACAAGCCGCUCGAAAUGUUAUGACGUCCAGGGAAUAGAUGACAAUGGCGACUUCCAGGAGACAUUGAACGCCAUGAAGAUCAUUGGUCUUUCGGAAGCUGAGCAGGACAACAUAUUCCGAAUGCUCGCUGCUAUCCUGUGGCUUGGAAAUGUGUCUUUCGGAGAAGAUGACUCAGGCAAUGCACAGGUAGCUGACCAGUCUGUGGUCGAGUUCGUCGCGUACCUACUCGAAGUAUCUGCCGCACAUGUCAACAAGGCUAUUACACAAAGAGUUAUGGAGACUAGUCGAGGAGGGCGAAGGGGCUCGGUGUACGACGUGCCUCUUAAUAUCGCACAGGCGACAGCUGUAAGAGAUGCGCUGUCGAAGGCCAUAUAUUUCAACCUUUUCGAUUGGAUAGUGGAGCGAGUAAACGUCUCCCUAAGAGCAAGAGGCGCAACCGCGAACUCCAUCGGUAUCCUGGAUAUCUAUGGGUUUGAAAUCUUCGAGCGGAACAGCUUCGAGCAGCUAUGCAUCAACUACGUCAACGAAAAACUUCAGCAGAUCUUCAUUCAACUGACACUCAAGGCCGAACAAGAAGAAUACGCCAGAGAACAGAUUCAAUGGACACCGAUCAAAUAUUUUGACAACAAGGUUGUUUGCGAGUUGAUUGAGGAAAAGCGCCCGCCUGGUGUUUUCGCCGCUUUGAAUGAUGCUUGUGCUACCGCACACGCAGAUCCGGCCGCAGCAGACCAGACCUUCGUCCAGAGGCUGAACGCCUUAUCCUCGAACCCGAACUUCCAGCCCCGCCAGGGACAAUUUGUCAUCAAGCACUACGCUGGUGAUGUGUCCUACGCUGUGGAGGGAAUGACAGACAAGAAUAAGGAUCAGCUGCUGAAAGACUUACUCAACCUCUUAAGCCAAAGCUCUAACACGUUCAUUCACACGCUGUUCCCUAAUCAGGUCGAUCAGGAUAACCGGAGGCGGCCUCCCACUGCUGGAGACAAGAUCAAAGCCUCUGCGAAUGAUCUUGUAGCGACUCUCAUGAAAGCACAGCCCUCCUAUAUUCGAACCAUCAAGCCAAACGAAAACAAGUCACCUACUGAGUACAAUUCACCCAAUGUACUCCAUCAGAUCAAGUAUCUGGGUCUUCAGGAAAACGUACGCAUUCGGCGUGCCGGUUUUGCGUCCCGUCAGACCUUCGAGAAAUUCGUUGAACGAUUCUUCUUGCUAUCCCCUAAGACCUCUUAUGCCGGCGAGUAUACGUGGACUGGCGAUUAUCAGAGUGGCGCCAAGCAGAUAUUAAGGGAUACGAAUAUUCCUGCCGAAGAGUUCCAGAUGGGCGUGACAAAGGUCUUCAUUAAGACUCCGGAAACCCUCUUCGCGCUUGAGACGAUGCGUGAUCGUUACUGGCAUAACAUGGCGAUCAGGAUUCAGCGGGCAUGGAGGAACUACUUGCGUUACCGGACCGAGUGCGCUAUCCGAAUACAGAGGUUCUGGCGGCGAGUCAACGGUGGGCUUGAAUUCAUUCAGCUCCGUGACCAAGGCCAUAAAGUUCUUCAAGGCCGCAAAGAGAGGCGCACGUACAGUUUGGUCGGGUACCGCCGUUUCCUGGGUGACUAUCUUGGUAUCGGAAAUAGGGGCGGGCCAGGAGAAGUCAUUGCGAACGCUAUCGGCAUCUCCACCAGCGAGGAAGUUCCUUUCUCGUGCAGGGCUGAAGUUCUGGUUUCCAAACUCGGACGUUCGAGUAAACCUGAGCCACGAACACUGAUUCUUACGAAACGGAACGUCUACAUCGUGAAGCAGGUCCUUGUGAACCGGCAGAUCCAAAUCCAGGCGGAGCGGACGAUACCUGUUGGAGCCAUCAAAUUCAUCAGUUGCACAAACUUGAAAGACGAUUGGUUCUCUAUCGGCGUAGGCUCGCCGCAGGAGCCAGAUCCUCUUGUCAACUGCGUUUUCAAGACCGAGUUCUUCACACACCUAACCAAUGUUCUCCGGGGGUCAUUAAAUUUGAGGAUUGGAGAUACAAUUGAGUACAAUAAGAAGCCUGGAAAACCUGCCCACGUCAAGGCAGUCAAGGAUCCAGCGAUUGCUCGUGACGAUCUGUACAAGAGUGGCACCGUCCAUACCGGUCCUGGAGAACCGCCUAACUCCGUUUCUAAACCCACACCCAAAGGGAAGCAGGUAGCUGCAAAACCAAUCACGAAAGGGAAGUUGCUUCGACCUGGUGGACCAGGCGGUGGGCCCUCGAAGCUUGCCCAUCGUCCUGCUCAACCUCGACAAACCACGCCUGCGGCGGCAUCCGUAGCAGCGGCAACGGCAGCUCAGCCCCGACCAGUACCAGUGCCCCAACCAGUUGCUGCCUUGUCAAAUGGCACUGGUCACGCACGCAACGCAUCGUCAUCUUCGGUCCGCGCACCGCCUCCCCCUCCACCGACAGCACCCCCCGCACCGAAAGAGCCGACUUAUCGCGCUCUCUACGACUUCUUAGGACAGUCGGCGGGCGAACUUAGCUUAAAGAAGGAUGAGGUGGUAUUGGUUACGCAGAAGGAGAACAACGGUUGGUGGUUGGCAAGCCGGUUGGACAAGUCCGCAUCAGGAUGGGCGCCGUCAGCAUACUUGGAGGAAAUAGUUCAGAAGCCAGCUCCUCCACCUGCUCCGCCUGCUCCUCCAGCACGUCCCGCUGCGAACGGAGGAGUACGCGCCAAGGCCGCGCCCCCUGCUCCGCCAGCGAAACGCCCAGCAGCAAAGAAACCCGCCCCUGCUCUGGCCACACGGGAUAGUGGUUACUCAGGGAGCGGAGCAAGCAGUAACCUUGAUGCGGGGCCUCGCGACAGCAGCGGAAGCAUUGCGGGAGGACUAGCCGAGGCCCUGAGACAACGUCAAGCAGCGAUGCAGGGUAAAAAGGCCGCCGAUGACGACUGGUGAUUUAGCGUGGCAUGAUCAGUAGACUGGAAACCUUAUUGAGCACUCUUAUCUUUGUCAUUUCAUCUCCAACUGCAUGGCAGACCGCAACGCGGAGCAAUUGUUAGGCUUAGUGAAAUACCGUUGGCGUGAUUUAGAUGAUCUUAUGAUGCUGGCUGUAAAUGGGAGGCACUUGUUGAGCGCGAUCGGACAUUGAUAUCGGCAAAGAGGAAGUGGUGCAUCAUUUGAGGGGGAACCUGUGCGCAUGUUCAAUGGUUUGGAGCAGACAGUGCGUCGGCAGCGAUAGAUUUGUGAAUCCUGGUAUAUAUCACGAUACUCCUGAGCACUUCACGGAUAUGUUCUGGUUUGGGAGUGCUGGUAUUAGGAC